CCAUCCGUGCACUUGGCCAGCAAUAACUGGGUCGAGGUCUCAGCUCUUGGUCCUGCCUCUAACAUGCCGCUUGCCAAACUUUCAUCAUCUUGGCCUCUUAUGGAGCCUGCCUCCAGUGCUUCUAAUCCACUUCCUGACAACUCGGAGGCUGAAGAAAUACUUUGUGACAUCCGUUUGACUUCCUACUGUGCCCCUCUUGUUCCAUAUUUCCCGCUUCUCAAACAGUCUGUCCCUUUCCACCAUACUAAGUCCUGGAGCAGGGAGAGAGAGGACCUAGUAGCGAUCAGUGAAGAGGCGGGGCCAGGAGCUGUCUCGACCCCUGCAACCACAAUUAGGAUCCGUCGCGCCGCUGCGUCUCAUUAUCUACGGGUUGGCAGCGGAUCUGACAUAACUCAAUUUCUGUCCUCAGCAGAUACGAAAUAUUGUCCGAGACAAUGGCCGAGGACGAAGAUGUGGAAAUUGAGCCAGUGCCUGAAGAGGAUGAACUAACAAACUACAAACCCCCACCAGAGAGGACGUUGGAGAUGUUCAACAAGGACACUGAAGACGAGUCACUCUAAAAGUACAAAGAAACGCGACUAGGGAGUUCUGCUGCUGGGGCCACAGUUAUUGGGUUUAGCAGUAGCUAUGUGCCCCAGGGAAAUGUCAGUGAUGUGUUAAGAAAAAACCAGCUGCAUUCAUGGAGUUUUCCUCAUGAGAGCUACAGCACUGCCAGAUUAUUAUUAUUAUUACAAUCAAGGGGGAAGCGCUAAACCCGGAGGAUUAUACAGCGCCUGGGGGGGGGUGAUAUGGAAGGCAUUCAGGCUUAAUUUGGGGAACUGGAGCACAGAUCCAAUUCCCUAAAUCAAGAGCCCUUCACCAACAUCAAGGAACCUUCCUUGAGGGGAGCACUGCCAGAGAUUAAAUUGUUUAUGUGGAGUUUAAAGUAUGAGAGAAAUGAGCAAGUAACAUUCAGGAAUGAAGAUGUAGCACCAUUGUCGAGGGGAUGCUCACUCAGAAGGAACUUUGGUGUUGACUGGAUGUCAGGGAAGUACCCCAAAGUUUGUGAUAAAUUCUCGUGAGAGACCAUACAGU